AUGAAAAUCCAUACUGAUUUUUGUUGGAGUAAAUAAAAAGCUGUUAUAGUCAAAAGUGAAUGUGAUUACUCUUUCUGGAAAUAACCCUAAAAUUGUUAGCUUCUUCAUCAAUGAAGGAAAAUAUUACUGUAAAUUGAAGCAAUUUGCAUGUUCAAAUUACUUCUCACAAUCUGAAAUUUAACGAUUUCCGAUCGAUAAGCAGCGCCGUUUGAACAUGUCUGGGUCAAACGACGGUGACAAGAAUGGGAGGAAACGUAAUCUUCCUUCAUGGAUGAGUUCAAAACCCGGUUCAAGUGGUUCGGGUCAGAGUAAAUCAAAUGAUGAAGGUGAGACGACGGAGACAGCUGAGCAAGGGAAAGGCAGACGCAAAACCAACCAUGGCAAAACACUUCCCGACGAAGCUGAGAACGAAGCACAUUUUUCAAAUUUCUCAAAACUUAUGGAAGGGGUUGUAUUUGUCCUAUCAGGUUUUGUCAAUCCCGAGCGUGGUACAUUAAGGUCCCAGGCUUUAGAAAUGGGAGCCAAGUAUCAACCUGAUUGGAACUCGGAAUCCACACUCUUGAUCUGUGCAUUUUCCAAUACACCAAAGUUUCGUCAAGUUGAAGCAGAUAAUGGAACAAUUGUAUCGAAGGAGUGGAUAACAGAGUGUUACAAACAACAAAAACUUGUUGAAAUUGAAACUUAUCUUAUGCAUGCUGGCAAGCCAUGGAAACGUCAAAGUGUCUCUCAUGAAUCCAGCCAAGAUCAAAAACCAUCAACAUCAAGAAAAUCUCAAACAAGAGGAGAGAAAAGUUCACCUUUUAAGACAACUACUGCUCCUUCAUCUGAGGAGGUACAUUCUGAUAAAGUAAAAGAUGGCUUCUCUCCAUAUAAAGUGAAAAAAUGGGCUAUAGAUGAUCUUAACCGGACAAUUUCAUGGCUGGAGAAUCAAGAUGAAAGGCCAGAACCCCAUGAGAUGAAGAAAAUAGCUGCUGAGGGAAUUCUAACCUGUUUACAGGAUGCCAUAGAUUCUCUUAAUCAAGGGCAGGAUAUGCGUCAAAUAACUGAACAGUGGGAAUGCAUCCCUCGUGCCGUUGAGGAGCUGGCAAAGUUUGAUGGUAGUUGUGUUGGUUCAGCUACAAUGCACAAGGAUCUUUGCAAACAAGCUGCGACCUGUAAACAAAUUUAUGAGCUGGAGUACAGAAAUAGAGAAGACGAUGAGCUUUCGAAGAAGAAAGAGCAGCAGACUCGUGUAAGUGGAAAGGCUGGUGGCGCUGCCAAAGAUGCUGCUGCAUAUGACAGUGAUGAUACUGUUGAGAUGACAGAAGAGGAAAUUAACCAUGCUUAUAAUGCCGUAGCAUCUACGGUUAGAAACACUAAGCGAGUGUAAAACUGGGAGGUAGAAACACUAAUCUUCAAUUCCUUUUAGCCUGUGAAUGGAGGAAGAAGAUGAUAAUUUUAUAUUUGAACUAAGUAUCGACAUCCAAGAGUUGUCAUCUGUCACUAACCUGUUAUAAAAAAGUAUACAAAAACCCAAUUACAUACUCUGGGCUGGAUCUUCCAUCUUUUUUGA